AUGGGAAAACCUGGGGCGAAAUUGGAAGCUCCAGUGACUGCGGUGAGGGAACUCUGUGAGGAAUUGGGGUUCGAACGACAGGUAUUCGAAAACUUCGUUGCUCUCUCAGACGAGCUCGUAUACCCCCUGUGCGCUUGGGAAGCAACUUAUUCCUGCGGUGUAACAGUCAAGUCACAUCAUCUUGUCAUUUACUAUGCUGCUCGCUGGCCCAGUUUUUUAGAUGGCUAUGUUGUUAAUGGACACCGCUUGCCAACAUUGAGGUUGCAGCUAGAUGAGGUCCAAGCAGCAGCGUGCCUACCUUCUUCCGUCCUGAGAGUGCUAGUGCAGGAUUGGUUGGAUUGCGAAGAAUAUUGGCAAAAGAAUUCUGUGACGGCGACCGACUGGAACCAACACGCACCGCUCCCGAACAGCCAAAAAGUGAAUGCUAUGACAGAUAUAGUUUGGUCUUGGAAUCAAACAUCAGAAGUAUGGACCUUGAUACCUGUCAACCGGAUUAUAUGCGGCUUAACUUCGCAGUUGCCUUCGAACAAUGAAGAAUUGCUGCCGGAUAGAGUAAACGAUCUACGUCCCACACCGCUAACCACUGGUACGCUUUAUGCUCUAUCCCAUUGGUUGUCUUCGCAAUCAUCUUGAUUUGGAACUCCAAAACUUCGCUCAUAUGGACUGCUACUUGUUCAGCUAACUUGUGAUUUUUUCAUUACUUAACCAAAUGUUGUGUAUUCAUCCAGAAUGAUAAUUUUAAAAAGCUGUCAUACUA